GAGUGAUUUGAGACCGGGGGUCCCAUUUUCCGAGAAUUUUAUUAAUCUUAGUUGGAAUACUCCAACGCUCCAGUGUCCUUGGGACGAUUCUAAACAGGGCCGGCGCACCGCAGGGACCGCCCCACCUAACCUCAAGCGCAGACCGUGCACCGUGCGCCUCAAUGCGCAACGGUUCGCUUCGGCAACGAGAGCCACUGCAACUGAGAAGCCAGUUCCCAUUCGAUCUUUCCAUUUCAAAGGCUACAAAUCGAUUCUGACCGAGUCCACGCCACCUCACCUCGUACUUGUACAAGUACAUACGUUGGCGUACUGUGGCGCGUGGGACGGCACUGCCCCCUCCGCCUGGCUGCCUCGAAACUGGGCCUUUGUCCAACACCAUAUCACGAACCCCUCGCUCCCUUCCGCACAUACCUAUCUCUGCCAGGUAGGGUCAAUUCGAAAAGUUACCCCACCGGAUUCGCGCAAUGGUGAUUCGAAAGCCAAUUCCUUCAUCAGCCACACUCGACCCGGCGGUGCCGCAGAAGGCGCGGGGUGCGAAGAACACGGAAGAAGAGACGAUAUGGCGGGAUGGAGCGCAGCGUCAGGAAGGGGAGCUGAACAGUACAUAUCCCGCGCCAGCCGAAGUAUCAAACUCGCUUCUGCCCGGCGCCGCUAGCAACGUUUUCGGCCUGGGAGAGGAGAGCAAUAUAUGGGCUGAAGAAGUCCCCGCGCUGUCCAACGCCGGGGACACGAGCCAAGCAUCGCCGGUUCUCAGGUCGGGCAGUAGUCAUGGGAAAGGAGCAGACACGAGCCAGGGGACGCGGGCGGACCAAGAACCAAACUCUGUCCCGGCUGCCCUCCGGCCGGGCGGAGGGUCCAAACCGGAGACGAACCCGUUCAAGCGGAAGACGUCGCUCAGCGUCGGCGCAGGGCAGCGCACGUCAACACCGUCAUCAAAUGCGCCGCACGUACCGCCCGUCUCGGUCGCAGAGUUUUCGCAGCUCAGUCCAGCAAUGGACGAAAUCAAAGCGACACCAGCCCCCCCGCCUGUUCCAAGACUCCCGGAGCAGGAUUCUGUGGGCGACAAUGUUUGGGCUUCAGCGGAACCGUCACGCCAGCCGACACCAGGGCCUGCAUCAGACUCGCCAGCGCUCUUAUCCUUGCCUCCGGAAGAGGGGUCUGCGGGAUGGGCAGAGGAAUCCAAGGACGCUACUGUUUCCCCGCCGCUCAUAUCCACAGCCGACGAAGACGUUCUUGAGGGUGGGAAUGCCUGGGACGACCUUGAGGCCGUCGAUAAAGGGAAGGGUAUUGCUCAGCCGCCCCCGGUACCAGACAAAAGCGCUGCAGGGGCCGCCGAUUGGAACCUGAUUGACAUUGAUGCUCGCCCUGGGCCCCCUUCCAGACAAAGCUCAUGGGAGAGUUUUGAAGCUGAAGAUAAUGCCCCAGCUGCGGCCAAGACGGUCCCCGCGAGGGGGGAGGCGGCUACCCUGCCACCACAAUUGCCACCGCGGAGGUCGGCAGAUCAACCGCCGCCCAAACCCCGUCGCCCUGUCGACAAGUCGGAGACCUACCAAAUAAAGAACAUUAACUGGUACGAUGCCACGGCUACCAAGAACCCAAGGACAUCACCCAUCCUCGUCCAGAACGCCAACGGACCAUGUCCAUUAGUUGCCCUUGUCAACGCUCUCACGCUGACUACGCCGGCGGACAAGACCAACACGGCGCUUGUUGAGACUCUUAAAUCGCGAGAGCAAGUCAGCUUGGGCCUGCUUUUGGACGCCGUCUUCGACGAACUCAUGUCGGAGAGGCGAACGCAAUCAGACGUUCCGCUGCCCGAUGUGGCCGAGUUGUACGAGUUCCUCCAGGGCCUGCACACCGGCAUGAAUGUCAACCCUCGCUUCAUCCCAGCUCCAGAAGUGGUCCCGGCGUUUAAGCGCACUUCGCUUACACACAUCCAUCCGACCGAGCGUACCGACAUGAUUCCGGGAACGUUUGAGCACACCAAGGAGAUGGCACUCUAUUCGACCUUUUCCAUCCCCCUCAUCCACGGCUGGCUACCUUCCAAGGAUGAUGCGGUGCACGAGGCGUUUACCCGACACGCCGUGUCGUAUGAGGACGCCCAGAACCUGCUCUUCAGGGAGGAGGAGCUCGAAGAGAAGCUGUGCUCGCCUCAGGGCUUGACUUUGGAGGAGCAGCAGCUGUACCAGGACAUUCUGACUAUCAAGUCAUUCCUGAGCAUCUCGGCGACGCAGCUAACCAAGGUCGGGCUUGACGUCAUCAAAAAGACGAUGAAGCCCGGAUCUGUGGCCAUCCUCUUCCGCAACGACCACUUCUCAACGCUCUACAGGCACCCACAGACCCUAGAGCUCCUCACCCUCGUCACGGAUGCUGGGUAUGCCGGCCACGCCGAGGUUGUGUGGGAGUCUCUCGUCGACAUCAACGGGGAGAGCGCCGAGUUCUUCUCGGGCGACUUCCGUCUUGUCGGUGGCGCCACCCAUGACCAUCUCCGCCCGUUGCAUGAUACCGUACCCGAGAACUGGACCGGCGCAGCGCCCGAUGGAGAUAACUCCGAGUGGACGACGGUCCAAUCCCGGCGCGGCCGCAGUCACACAGCGCGGCACAGCUCCUCUACCGAGCCGCCAUUAUCCCCCAAACACGAACAAGAAGACCGCGACCUGGCCCUGGCCCUGCAGCUCCAAGAGGAAGAAGACGAGCGUGCGCGCGUCGAGCAAGACCGCCGCCGUCGCGAAAGCCUCCUCUCGGAGCAAUACAUUGAGCAACAAGGCCGCUACGGCCCCACCAGCGCCGUCGCCUCUCCACGCGGUGGUCGCGCCGGCGCAGCAGGUGGCCCUGCCCGCGCCCGCGGCGCCGCCGCCUCCCGCUCCACAACCUCCCUCACCUCCACAGCCUCAUCAUCCAACACCGGCCGCCGAGGCCCAACGCCCAUCCAACCGGGUGCCACCCGCCCGGCCUUAUCAUCCGGUUCCUCCAUCAACGUAAACGCCGCCAACACAACUACUAUUACUACCACCACCGGGAACUCCGGUGCCAACGCAAUCAACAGACCGCCGCCCGGGUCAAGACCCACUACGCAAACGGUCCGGUCUCUCCUCCCGCCGCUCCGCACCACUCGCCCGGCCGCCGCCGCUGCGGCAGAAGAUGGGCUCGAGGAUGCGCCGCCCAGCUAUGAACAGGCUGCCAAGCAGCUGCCGUAUGUGCCGCCUGCGGGGCACCCGAGUCAUCCGACGAGCAGGCCUCUGGAUUUGGCUGCUGCUGCUGAGGGGGAGGGGGGGGGUUCUGGGUUCGGGUCCGGGACUGGUGGUGGACGGGCCGGAGUAGGGCCACCGGGUAGUGUUGGUGGUAUUGGUGCCGGCGGGAGUGGGAGGCCGCCAGGUGGUGGGUUUGGAGGUGAUGCCCGCAGAUUCCGGAUCGAGAUCAUGCGUCCCAGCCUGUCUCAUUCCGGAACCAAGGGCGGGUAUCGCCAGGCAAGUACAGGCCCCGAAUCUGUUCCGUCGCAUAGUUACCCCGAUCCGAGCGUUGUUAACCGCACCAUCGCAACAAAGGAGGAGCUCCAACUCCACUACUUCUCGCAACCGCCCCAGCUCGGCGACAUCAAUGUGGAGGAAGAAGUCAGCGCGGAGGCGAGGACGCUCCAGGGCUACCAGGCCUUAUGCUACGAGGUCGGCCUUGACCCGAGCGACUCGAUCGCCGAGUGUAAGAGGUGCCUGAAGAAAACGCUAGUCAACAUUAUUGCGCUCGUCGACGCACGGAUGACGGGUAAGCGCGUCAAGGUGUGGGACAGUUUCGAAGAGUUCCGCGCCUACGCCCUCCGAGACGAAAAUAGGAUCGAUAUCCACGAGGCGAAAGACACCUCCAGGGUACCUUCGUUAUUGCGGCGUUUGUUGGGCCCCCGAUCACGCAAGAAGUGCGGUAUUCCUCAGGGUAUAUUGGAGGUGGCGUUGGGCCAUAUUACCAACCGUUGGGACUAGAGAGAUGACGUCUUGAUGGUUGCUUACUUGUCUUAUAAUACUCCGUCGUCCGGCUGGUUUCAUUUCUCCCUAUCUCCUUGCCGUCGCCGCGCCUGUGCCGUAGUGGCACAGCCUUUCCUACAUGUCACAUGUUUUGGGGACUUCAUCAGAGGCAGACA